AAAAAUUUUAAUAAAACCCUCUAAAAAUUCAAGAAAUCCUCGUAGCUUUCCAAAACCAACAUAUUGGAGACACUUACUUUGUUUCCCCUCUUCAUUAUCUUUCCUCCUGCCCAAAUUCAAUUUGAGACACUAAAACCAUCCUUCUGUUGUACGAAACCAACAUAUUAUCCUUUAAUUUAUUGUACUGCUGUAUUUUGUUUCAAUGUGUUGAUUUUACUUUUCCAUAUUUUUCUUGAUUUGGGCAGUGUAAUCCUGAAACAGUGUAAUACCCUUCUUUCAUUGGGAUCAGCAUCUUCCACAGCUGCUAUACCACUGUACCACUAAACAGAUUUUACAGUUCUAGCUUUACUCAUUAACAAAACCAACUUACUUUCACCCAAAAAAAAAAAAAAAAAAAAAAAAAAAAAAAAAAACCUUAAAACCAACAUUUCUUUUGUUUUCUUCAAAUCUGAAGGAUACCCAGAAAAAUUAGAGCUGAUUAUUUAAAAGGUAAUUUUUUUUUUAAGAAAUUGAAGAAAUUUGUAGGAUACCCUAAAAAUUCCUUAUCCAAAACCUAAAUAAAAAGAAAAACCUUAAAACCAACAUUUCUUUCUUUUUUUUCAAUUUUGAACGAUAACCAGAAAAAUUAAAGCUGAUCAUUUAAAGAGUAAUCUUUUUUUUAAGAAAUUGAAGAAAUUUAAAUUCCUUAUUCAAAACCUAACUAAAAAGAAAACCUUAAAACCUACAUUUCUUUUUUUUUUUUCAAAUUUGAAGGAUACCCAGAAAAAUUAGAGCUGAUUAUUUAAAGGGUAAUUUUCUUUUUUAAGAAUUUGAAGAAAUUUGUAGGAUACCCAAAAAAAAUCCUUAUCCAAAACCUAACUAAAAAGAAAAACCUUAAAACCAACAUUUCUUUCUUUUGUUCAAAUUUGACGGAUACCCAGAAAAUUUGAGCUGAUUAUUUAAAGGGUUAUUUUGUUUUUUCUUUGGUGAAAUUGAAGAAAUUUGUAAGACCCAAAAAAAAAUCUUAUCCGAAACCUAAUUAAAAAGAAAAACCUUGCAAAUGGGAAAAAUGGGGCUAAAAAAUACAGCAGCAAGAGGGGAGAUAGUACAAGUACAAGGAGGUCAUAUAAUUCGUGGCACGGGUAGUAAAGACCGGCACAGCAAGGUGUUCACAGCUAAGGGCCCGCGAGAUCGUAGACUCCGUCUUUCUGCACACACAGCAAUCCAAUUUUAUGAUAUUCAAGAUAGAUUAGGCUAUGACCGACCUAGCAAGGCCGUUGAUUGGCUCAUCAAGAAAGCUAAAGCUUCUAUUGAUAAGCUUGCACAAUUACCACCGUGGGAUCCAAUGGCAAGUUCAUCUCAUACCGUUGAUGUUAAUGUUGAGUCUACUGGUUUUCCUGUGGCUCACCACACUGGAUCAUCAUCAUUUUUCCCUACUAGUAAUACCAUUAGUUUUCAGAACUAUCCACAAGAUGAUCAGUUUAUUUUAGGUAAUCAAGAUCUAUGUUUGUCUCUUCAUACACUUCAAGAUCCGAGAAGCCAUGACCCGGAGAUUUUGCAAGGAUCCAGAUUAAGUCUUGGGUUUGAUGGUGGGUGGCCCGGAUCACAGCAUUCGCAUGAUUUGGGUAGGUUGUUGUUUAAUUCACACGGAGUAUUAUUGGGCCAACAAGGUACAAAUACAAUAGUAUAUCCUCAUAGGGGCACCCUUCAGUCCAAUGAUUUUUCUCACUAUGGACGAGUUUCCGAGAAUCACCAUGAUCAUCAGGAGAUUUCGGGUAUUGGACAUGGAUUGGAUGGGUUCAUAGGUUUCCCAAUGCCCAAUCAGAUUCAUGAUGGAGGCUAUUCUUUGUCUAAUAAUAAAGCAUCAUCAUCGUCCUUGUCUCCUGGUUCAAGCCAACAUUAAUUAGAUGAUGACAUUGGAUGCUAAAAGAGAUAGAUUCUUAACAGGCGGUCCAGCAUUAGAUUUUUUGAAAUGGUAUCAUGUUUUGCUAUUUCAAGUAGUAGUAAUUGUAGUUAGAUGUUUCAACAAUAUAAUGCAUUAAAAGUACUUUCUACAUCUUACAGUUUUGAUUGGGAAAGUGACUUUUGCUAACUAGUUCCUACUUAACCAGAUACCUCAUCUGUUGUAAUGCUUAUUUUUAGAAAUAGAAUCAAAAUCAAACUGGAACAACUCAUUUUAAGUGGAAUUUUUUAUUGACAUGGAUAUGAUAUAGCCAAAUAUUAAGCUUAUAGUUGAAGUCUUGCCCAAUACGUUAUGAAGUAUGAGACCAUGGCAUUAAAUAAUGUACUUGCAAUGAGGACCAGU